UUGCCAUUUGUUUUUAGAAAAAUGCCCAUUCAACGAUCGUAAAGUCAUUUUCUCAGACUUUUGAUCUCUGGCUCUGUGUUUCACUGUCUGUGUGAUCGAGAGGAAAGAAGAUGUUGGCGAUUUUCGACAAAAACGUGGCGAAGAGCCCUGAGGCUCUACAGAGUCAAGAAGGUGGAUCGGCUUGUGCUCUUAAAGAUGGGUUCUUGUCGAACCACUUCGCCUCCAUUUAUCCUGGUGCUGUCACCAUCAAUCUCGGAUCUUCUGGUCUCAUCGGUUGCUCGCUCGAUAAGCAGAACCCUCUUCUUCCCAGAUUGUUUUCUGUGACGGAUGAUAUGUUCUGCAUCUUCCAAGGACAUAUAGAGAACAUUCCAUUCCUCAAGCAACAGUAUGGACUAACAAAAACAGCAACGGAGGUCACCAUUGUGAUCGAAGCAUACAGAACACUAAGAGACCGUGGUCCUUACUCUGCCGACCAAGUUGUCAGAGAUUUUCAAGGCAAAUUCGCGUUUAUGCUCUUUGACUGCUCCACAAAAAACGUCUUCCUUGCCGGGGACACAGAAGGGAGUGUUCCUCUCUUUUGGGGAACAGAUACUGAAGGCCAUCUCGUUCUUUCUGAUGAUGUGGAAACUGUGAAGAAAGGUUGUGGUAAAUCCUUUGCACCAUUCCCUAAAGGAUGUUUCUUUACUUCAUCUGGAGGCUUGAGGAGCUAUGAGCAUCCAAUGAAUGAGUUGAAGCCGGUUCCAAGGGUGGACAGUUCGGGUCAGGUGUGUGGUGUAACUUUCAAAGUGGAUUCUGAGGCCAAGAAAGAAGGUGCAAUGCCUAGAGUCGGUAGUGUCCAGAACUGGUCUCAACAAAUCUGAGAGGCUAAGUGUUGAUUUUAGCUGGAGUUACCUUUUUACACGGGACAAAACUCCUUUUGUUUUUUUUUUACUUUGUUGGACUCUGUGGCUGUGUUCUACAGAGUUGAGAUCUCAUCGUUUUACUCGUCUCAUGAUAAUGAUUAGGGCUUUGAGAGCCCUUUAUUUGGCAAUAAGAAGCUAAUAAUAAUAUAAGACUUAUUAACGUUUGA